AUGGGUCGACCGCCCUCUCUUGUCCCGCCGUGCAGAUAUUGCCAAAGGCAAUUCAAGCGCCAGGAACACCUGCGAAGACAUGAGCGCACUCACACGCGUGAGAAGCCGUGCGUAUGUGAGUGUGGUGAAAGGUUUGCACGACAAGAUAUGCUAGCGCGACAUAAGCGCUCUUCACACAAAGCCACCCUUACACACUCUGAAGCUGGUGUAGAUGGCCCGUCUGUGAUCGAACAGAGUGGCGAAUUCCGCGAAUCUCCAUCCACUUGCCCGUCUGUUGCACCAGGCCAUGACGACUCAAGUCCUCGGAUCGAUGGUCUUGUGCCAACCCCGCAAGAUCUCUUGAGAGGGGGCACUGAAGGAAAUCCUAAUCCACCCUUGCCGUGGAAUGGUAACGAUGAUCUUGAUUUUCUUUUUUGGAAUGACUUAUGCCCAUUCUCGGCGUUCCUCCCUGAGAGCUCCUUCGACCCAAAUCUUUCCUUCGUGAACGCACCACAGGAACAUCAGUUUCCUCCUUUGGAGCAGCAAAACUCCCAGGCAAUCGCCCAAGGACAGCAUAACACCAACGACACACUGCCCACAAGCUCAGCAUACUAUCCCCCAACUCUAAGGGUGCCGUCUUCGCCUGGGAUGCGGAGCCUUUUCCCAGAACCGGCUUCAAUUAACGACAACUCACAUCUCGCUGCCAUAGACGAAACAGAUCCUUCUCAAAACCGUCAAUUGGAAGGAAAUUUCGAUCCCUCAAUUUCUCCAUGGAUAAUAGCAUCCUCAGAUUACGCAGUGCUGUUGAAUCAGAUCAACGAGCUUGGCACCCUCUUACCACCAUCCUUCUCUUUACCCUCACGCUACACCCUUUCUCGAUUUCUAGAGGGGUUCUUCCGAGGCUAUCAUGACCACUUGCCAUUCUUGCACGUUCCCUCAUUCUCCAUCUUAUCGCACGGACCGGAAAUUGUACUACCACUGGCUGCUGCAGGAGCGUUCUAUCGCUUUGAGCACGGAAAGGGGUACGCAAUCUACCACGCUGCACGCUCCUUGAUCAAUUCGCAGCUAGAACGACAAAACAGAGAAGCAAUCGCCAAUUUGGCGAAGACCUCACCCGGCUCUGCCUCUACUUCGAGCAUCAAUGGCCACCCUCACGGCUUCACUGAGGGUAGUGAAAACCAAGCCGCUCAAUUUAGGCCAAAUAAAAUGACCCAAUACUCAUUGUCCUUGCGUUUGUUGCAAGGGCUCAUUGUGUUGAUGACGUUGGCUUCAUGGGGGAAUCGCUCUGUGGUGGGAGACGCAAUCGCGAUAUCGGGUCAAGUUGCCAUGCUGGCACGCGACCUGGGCAUAUCGGCACAGGAUGCUGAUCAUGAAACAAAGUCAUGGGACAACUGGGUCGAGCAAGAAGAACGACGCAGAACGCUAUGGGUAGCUUUUGCUCAAUUUAAUCUGCAAAGUAUAGCAUUCAAUGUGCCGCCUAUGAUCUUGAACCAAGAGGUCUACCUUACUCUGCCAGCCUGUGGCGAAGAAUGGAAAGCACGUGAUGCCCGAGCUUGGAUGAGCAUGCGGAAAUUGCAUACGCCUGACCCUCGAAGUUUCCAGCAGGCGUUAAGGCAACUUCGCCAGGGCCACCAGAUCCAUAAGCCAAGUGCGAUGUCUGCUUUCGCGAAUUAUGUCUUGCUUCACGGCUUACUACAAGAGAUCUUCUUCGCCCGCAACAUAACAUCUCUAGACCAAUACCCUAGCUCCAUUCAAGAUGGCCACGCUCGUGUGAUGGAAACAGCUCUACAAGCAUGGCAAAACUCCUGGGGGGCAACUUAUGAAUCAACCAUAGAUCCACUAUCACCCAGAGGCCCAUUGGGAUUCAACGCUAGAACUCUGUUACAGUUAGCUUACGUUCGCCUGAAUGUCGAUAUAGGGCCUCAUCGUCAACUGGUAUCUCACAAUCCAGCGGAAAUAGCCCACAGGCUUGUCGACUGCAAAACUAUUGCCUUCCGGCGAUCGCCUUCCGUUGACCGUGCGAUUCUUCAAUGCAUCCACGCGCUAAGCAUUCGGGUUCGCUUAGGGGUCCACUUUAUCGCGCACACUCAAAUCUCAAACUGGAGUAUGCAGCAUUCACUCUGUAACCUUGAAUGUGCAUUCCUUCUUAAUCACUGGCUUCAAGACAUUGCCCAGUGUAUCGACACUUCGGGUCUCCAAACUAUACGGGACGAGGAGCGCAAGCUACUUAGUAUCAUCCAUAGCAUUGUCCGAGAAGCGGAUCUGACAGACCUCUCAGACUGGCCAGAUGACAAUGCAGCUGCGGUUCGUCGUCUGGCAGUAUGUACCGCGCGACUGUGGGCUGAAACAUACAAGGGCCACCAUAUAUUCGAGAUAUCUCGCGUUGUUGGCGAGACACUUCUGAUGAUUGUAGAUAUUUUAGGUGCUCGACUGCCAUUUCCAACAUGA